AUGCCAUCAGCAACUCAAGCACGUAUCAUGUGGCGCACCCUCUCCCGCGGCAUGGUCGAACCCCACCCUUUUGCCCGCAACCCCAUAACCAUGGCACCGCAUGCCUGGCGCGCCGGCGACUUGGGACAGAGAUUCGUCAAGACGAGUGCUGUCUACUUCCCUUUCUACGCCAUAAUCCUCGGAUGGCCUGCCGCAGCUGCGUGGUGGUUCAACGGUAGCAUGUGA